AUGCAGCCCACCUGCACGGCCCAGGAGUUUGUGGACAGCCACCUCAAGCCCGGGAGGAUGGUGGUGUUCAUGAAGCCCACCUGCCCCUUCUGCAAACGGACCCAGGAGCUCCUCCUGCAGUACCCCUUCAAAAAGGAGUCGCUGGUGUUCGUGGAUAUCACAGUCACCAGGAACACAGAGCGGGUUCAGGAUUACCUGCAGCAUCUCACAGGAGCCAGAACGGUACCUCGAAUCUUUAUGGGGAAAGAGUGUAUCGGUGGAUGCAGUGAUCUAGUGGAGAUGGAUAGAAGCGGGGAACUGAAGGUGCGGUUGAUAGAAAUGGGAGCUUUACAGCCGUAA